CAAAUGUCAAGACCAACUUGUUUGAACAAGGCUAAUGAAAAAGAAGUGGACGACCGUUUGUGUGACGUCGCUGCGAGACCAGUUCCAGAAAUAAAGGAAUGCAAUCCACACAAAUGCCCACCAGUUUGGGUGACCGACAGCUGGAGCCCCUGCUCCGCUUCGUGUGGAGGCGGCCGACAAUCACGGCAGGUACAUUGUGCCCAGAUGGGUACAGAUGGUAUACGAAGCCCCGUUGCUGCCGAUCAAUGCCUUCGUCAGAAGCCUGUCACAGAGCGUCCCUGCAAUCUAGUGCCCUGCCCACAGUGGGUGAUUGGACCAUGGUCUGGAUGCUCUGUUACGUGUGGGAAAGGACAGAAAACUCGUUCUGUAGCUUGCAGAGAUGCCAAAGGGCAACACAGCGAAGAUUGUGAUGUUGAAGAGAUGCCAGCAACUAAGAUGGAUUGUGAUAGCCGCCUUGUAUGUACGCCGUCAGAAGACCCAGGAACGUAUUUGUUCUCAGAUAUUUUCAAGGGUUCCCAAGAAGAUGCUCCACCUCGUCGAAAAUCCAGUGAACCGAAUUACGAAGUUGGAGAAUGGGGUCCUUGCUCCGUUAGUUGUGGUCAAGGAAUCCGGACCCGAGAGGUGGCCUGUAAAAUACUUCUGGAGUUUUCAAAAACAUGGGCAUCACUUCAAGAUUAUGAAUGUCCCGGAAUGAAACCACCUACUGUUGAGAGCUGCUAUCCACGGCCAUGUUCUUUCGAUUUGAACAAGCCAGAAGAUAGGAAAAAACCGAAAGUGCAUGUUGGCAUUGAAGUUACUUAUUCCUGGAGAUCCAAUGGUUUCACACCGUGUAGUGCUUCUUGUCUUGGAGGUACUCGUGAAUCUGUCAUCCAGUGUGUUCGAGAUCAUGAUCAAGCAGUCGUGAAAGCGACACUAUGCGAUAUCAGCGAGAAACCGGACGCCAUUACUCAAACUUGUAAUGAUCAUCCAUGCCCACCGAGGUGGAAUAUUUCAGAGUUCAGUCCUUGUUCUAAGCCAUGUGGGGCUGGGUACAUGACACGUCGUGUUCAUUGCGUGCAUGAAGUUCUGAGAGGAGCAGCCAAUACUCUUAUCGUAAACAACAGCAACUGCCCACAGCCACCACCGAGAGAUAAAGUAUUUUGCAACGUUUUCAACUGCCCUUCACGCUGGAAAGCUGAUCCUUGGACAAAGUGUUCUAAAAGUUGCGGUGGUGGAGAGAAGACUCGAAAGAUUCGAUGCAUGAAGGAAAUGAACUUCGGGCAGUUAGUCGAACUGGCUCCUUCAGCCUGCUCAAAACGUCGACCCCGGACAUCGAAACCCUGCAACACGAAGCCUUGUCCCAGUGUAGACGAUAUCGUACCCUCUCAUCAGAGCUAUGUUCAGCAAAGCCCUCAGAGAAGGGUGUUCUUGAAGGUGGGAGGAACGGCCAAGAUUUUUGCGGAGACAAACGUGAAAAUUCGUUGUCCAAGUAAGAAUGCCAACAAGACGAGUAUAUUGUGGUAUAAAGAUGACGAAAAGAUCAAGCCUUCAAAGAGAUUAAAAGUUUCAAUGAAAGGAGCUCUACGCAUAAGGAGGAUAUCCUUAAAAGACAGCGGAAAAUAUACAUGUGUUUCCGGAUAUUCGAAAGCAGACAUCUUCAUUACAGUGAAGCCUCUCCCGCUCUUUCGCACAGGAACUGACGAAGAAAGGACAGUGGAGAAUCUCCAACCUCCUACUAUUGUCAAAGGCCCCAAAGACAACGAAAGGACGUCGGAAGAAAAGUUCAACCGUGACCGCUACCGGCCGAAUACUUCAACGGAGCCCAGGCACAAAGUCAACCAGCAACCGAGGGAAAAUAGAGUCAACAGCGGGGAAGAUACGGUUGAAGACACUCGUAGGGAAUAUCAUUACAAGACAAACACAAAUGACAAUCAAAAUAGCCACCAAGAUUUGAAUAAUAAACCAAAACUAUACUCAACAGAGGAUUCUACGCUUGAGCUCAGCACACUAGAUAGAGUACCUCUGUACAUACAAGCUCAGCAAACAAACAAACCACCAGUAGCCCCAGUGCCUACAUCUAAGACUGUAGAUUCAGAUGAACUUGUUCCAUCAAGGGGUCAAACAGAUCUUGAUAAGAACCGUCCUAAACUGAAGACUAAACCUUACGGCACAACAUCUGAAGAGAAAUCUCCCAAUCAAGUGAUCUACGGAGAAACUUGGAAGCAAACUUACGACGGGUCUUUGAGGGCUAAAAACAAGCAGAAAGAUGUGUGGAAAAAUACUGAUCUCUUCUCCGAUCAAGAAGAAUUAAACGUCGGCACUCCUCACGGUGGGAAAGGAUUCCCGGAUGAACCAGCUCAUUCCGGUGCCGCGAGUACUCAUGGUGUCUCCCACAUCGAGGUCUUUCUGCGGAAUUUGCCAUCAUUUGGGACAACUAAAGCCUCUUACUUCGAUCCCGAUAAGGAUUCAGAUGAAGAGGAAGUUGAAGAGGACUAUAAGCUUCCCGAUCCAACUGAAAUGGUAACCAACAGCUUCGUUCUAGGCAAAGGCAAACCAGAGCAUGUGAAGUUUGAUUGGUUUAUUACAGAGUGGUCACCAUGCACAAAGUCGUGUGGUGGUCAUGGAUAUCAGGUACGAACAUCUCAAUGUUUAGUGCGUUUGGACAACGUUUCGAAAGCUGUUGAUAGCAGUUUCUGUGAAGACGCGAAAUUAAUAACUCCAAAGAAUGUCCAGAGUUGUGGAGACGAGGAUUGCCCACACUGGGAAACAUCACCUUGGUCUCAGUGUCUGGAAUCGCAGUGCUUCCAGUGGCACACAGCUUACGAAAAGCGCUCCGUAUUUUGCCGUGCGGCCAACGGGACAGACCUUCCGCUUUCUCUUUGCGACGAGAAGACGCGACCGAGGCGGAAAAGAGAAUGCUAUAACAGUAACUGCAGAAGUGUAUGGAAAGUCGGUGAAUGGUCCGAGUGCACCGCCAGCUGCAACCGACAUGGUUUCCAGAGCCGAAUUCUUCAGUGCGUCUGGUAUGGGAGCACACGGCCAGCUGGCAAUGCCUGCCGUGACCAACAAAGGCCUGUAGUCAUGCGGCCCUGCAAGAGCCCGCCAUGCCAAUCGAGUGAGUGGAAACAACUGCACUGACCGUUCCAGUUACUGCAGCUUAGCAAAAACCUUACACUUGUGCCGCCUCAGUCGCUACCACCUCCAUUGUUGUGACUCGUGCAAGAAACGAGAAAGCAAAGGUUAGAUCUCCAAUUUGCAACGAUCAACUGACUGUAAAUUAAAUAAACAGACAAAAAUAAACUGAUUGGAGGAGAUUUAAUAUCUAUACAUCUAUGUAUACAAAUCCUUGCGAACUCAAAGAGGUUGGUUACCUUAUAAGAAAUAGGUUUUGAACUAAGGAUCCAUAAAACAUUUCUUCAUCACAAGUAAAAACUUGUUAAAUGAGGGUUGCCACUAGUGUUUUUGUGUGAAAUGUGAAAUAUGAUUUUGUCUAUGCAUUGAAUCCAGUUUAAACAACAGUGACCAUUCCUGAUAAAGUUACGUAAAAUUUUCUAACAUGUAACUAUUUAAAUUUUUAAAUUCAAUCGAAUACAUGUACUCAGGUUGAUGAAUGCCAGAAGUCGAAAGUCAUAAUUUUAAAAUUCUGCUUUCAGAGAAUAUUCCUCAUUUCAAAUUAUUUACAGUCUAAAGUCAUAUUUCUAUGCACUACUACUUUCUUCAUAUAGAGCAGAUUCAUUAAUCCUAAGUGCUCAAAAAAUUGCAUUCCUUCGGCUUUUUGCACCAAUUUUAAAGAAGUAAAAUUAAAAGGAAAAAAAAAUCAAGUAUUCCUUUUUCCCUAAAAUUAGUGAUAUAAUUUUAAAAUAUUAUAAUUCUUGAUGACAUUACACUAAAAUCGUUCUUCCAUUACGAAAUAUACCAUUACGAAAUUAAAAAAUUAUAUUUAAAAUUUUACCUUAUGAAGGUUUAGUGUUUUAUUCCAUGAUCUAGUGUUCUUUCGCUUGAAAUUUUCAAACUCUGUUACAUUUUAGUAACUAAACUGUAAGUAUUAACUUUUAAUUCAAGGCAUUUUAUAAAUAUAUUUAAUGUGAAGAAAUUUUCUUUGAUUCAUGUAAUUAAAAAUGCAAUUGCAAAGUAUGAAAGCAAAAAUUUUUAAAUAUCAAAAAUUAGUUUUAUAAGCCCUUACAUUUACAGUAAUUUUGAGUUAAAAACAGCUUAAAAAAAAUCUGCCUGACACUUAAAAAGUAAAUUUCAGAUAACAUAUUAUCAUAUAUAUAAUUAUUUCACUUGCUAAGGGAUCAUAAAGAAUUUUCUAAGAAAAAAUAGUUUGAUUUUUAUCAGAAGAACGAAAGAAAUAAAUGAGUUCAUAAAACUAUAAGCAAUUUGUUAAUCACAUGUGUUAGGAGGUGGCAACCCUAGUUUGGACUCAAAUCUUGAAUGAAGUCUUUUUAGUUUCUGUAUGAAAGUGUAUUUGUGUUGAAUUUGUAAAUGUUUCCUGUAUUACUCCAAUUGUUACUGUUACAAAUGGAUAUCAAAAAGCAUAUAUCUUACUAAUUCAGCUAUUAUUUAUCCUUUGUGUAAGUAUAAAUUUAUAAUGUGCACUUGAGAAUAUUCUUUUUUGAUUUGGAUUGCCAGAUUUAGGGCGUGACGUACGACGCAUUCAGUUUUUUAUAACUUAUGAGUGACCUUGAGAUUAAACCGAAAAUCAAUGUUCAGGAACAUUCCAUAAAUUUAUAAAUUUGAACGCACUAAGCAAAAAUUAAACGAAAUUAAUUAACAAAGCAUCAGCCACUCGGUUGGUCACUCGGUUGUAUUAAGGUAAUUGAUGUGAUUUAAAGUGAUUUGAAAAAUGCAAGCUAAUCUGAAAGUUCAGCAAAAGUAAGCAACGUUCAGAAGCUGGAUCGAGAAAAAUAUUUCAAGCUUGGUAGAGUAAUACAAUAUGUUUGCAUAUGCUGUAUAUGAUAUUUUUUGUUCUCAUGAGCUUAUAGAAUUACUGACAUACCUCACUACUUAUAAAAAAUAUUUAGCAUUCCAGAAGAUUUUUCCUGUGUGGAAGUAUUUCGUAAAAUGUAUGAGUUGUCUAAGCAUUCCAUUAUCAGUUUAAAUUGCGAUUUCUUCCGCAUUUGAAUAUACUCCAUACUGAUAUUUUCAUUCAUGCUUUGUUCGUAUAAUGCAGAGCCUGAGCAAAAAUAAAAUUUAUUUUGCUGUUUGUGCUUAAUUUUUUAGAUUAAGUUAAGAUUAUCUUAGGCGUUGUAAUUUCAACCAUCUAAUUAAAUGGUUAAAAAUUUUACAUGAGGUAUUUUAAAUUUAGCCAUAUAAUUAAAUGGUAAAAGUUUUUACAUGCGGUUAUACAGACAAUCAUAGACUAAAUUACAUACUAUUUGAAACAUUUUAACUGGCUUCUUAAAAACUUAUGUGUUAUUGAUAAUUGAAUAAAAUAGUAAAAUAAUCAGAAAGUAAAAUAAAAUGUAAAAAUACUUUCUUUUCUGAGUACAGUGUUAAUUUCAGAGAAAAAGAAAUUUCUUUUGCUUGAGGAAAAAUUGUGAUAAUUAGUCAGUCAGAACAUAUCAAAAAUGUAAAAUACCAAAGCUGUUUAUGUUCCAUGAAAUUCUGCUUUCGCAUUUUGUUAAAUUUUGAUUUAUAUUAGCGGAUGGCUUUAAGCAGUAAAUUUUAACUAUAGUAAGAGAAAUUUUUAAAUAGUAGAAAUUUGUUCCUGAAAACCUGAAGUGUUCAUCAAUUUUACUCGCUUGAAAUUUAAUCCGUGUGAUAUUAAUUACUCUUUAAAAAUUUGAAGAUAACCAUUCAUAUAUAAUUCAGAAAUUAAUAAAUCAUAAUUUACGUAUUUUAUCAUUAAAUAAUCAUUAUUUUUUCCAUUAGAAACCGGAAAAAAAUGAGCACCUGUUUCUUUAUUAAAAUUUGGUAGUAAUUAUGUACUUUCAUGUUGUUGUUAAACAUAAUUAUUUAUGCAACAUUUUUUAUGCAACUAUACGAAUUUACUUUUAUUUGUCUCAUUAUUUCUAAUCUUUUAUCAUUCAUUUUAGUUUCCUUGAAAUAGUUAACAGUUAUUAUGCGCAUUGAUAAGGUGUUCAAGCACACGGUUCGUUAGAAUCAGGGCUUCUUUUUUUUUUUUUUUUCCUUUUAUGUAUGUAUCAUAAAAAUGUUAUUUUAUAGAGAAAUAAAUGACCAAGAAUACAUAAAAUUCUGAUUCUUAUCUCCAUUUAUACAAAAGAGUUCAAAUAGUGUUCGAACUAAGUGUUGUUUAAGCAAUAAAGCAUAAAGAAGUGGUAAUAUGUUAACCUGUAGAAUGUAUUAAAACUAUCCUUCUUGUUUAAAUGUAGAAUAAUACAAACACUAGAAUUAAGUGUUGCUGUGUUUUAAUUACUUAAAGUAAAAUAUUAAAUUACAGAAUUAGAAACAUACAUUUCAAGAUGUUACUAAUAAAUAUUCACUUUUCAUACAAAUUAAGAUAUCAUUAUAAAUAUACGGUAAGCCGAAAAUGUUUCGUUUCUAAUUCAGUUGCAUAAACGUAGACAUAUUUAAAAACCAGAGCUUUUUUUUUUAAGGAAGGGAAGAAAAAAAGGUUUUUCAAAACCAGGAAAUUAGAUUGAAAAUUAAACUAUAACUCUUUCUUUAUGAGCGAUUUAUGAAGCGUUAUUGUUCUGUAUGAUAAAACUUACUACUAGCAGCACAUUUUGGUAUAAGUCAAACUGUCUGUUGUUUAGUUAUAAGUAGACGUCAUAAAAAUCAUGUGAUGUGUGCUUUGUAUUCAGAUCAAAUAAAAGAUUCUUGAUGUGUUCUGGUCAUUAUUACACA